GAAGCCGUAUUAACUAAUAUUCAUAGAUAAUAACGUGACCUUAAAUCCCUCCUUCACAGUUGUGUAGAGGCGGAAUCCCCUGCUGACCAUAAGCUGACAGGAGCUAUCUGCCAUCCGUACAGUGCGCAUGCACAAAAACCACACAAAAAGGACGUUAAGCCAGAAGUCUGUAGAUCUAUUCUGGGAAAUGAGCUCUUGUUCGCCACACCAGCCGAGCAGGAUUGGCGUGAGAACCUGUUCGUCACUUACACCAUACGUUUCCGAGGGGCAGCUGGACAAGUACCACGCAUGCCUAAAACACCCAGGCAACUGCUGACCAAGUUUUGUUGGCAGCUCAUCGUGCACAUGUACUGUCGAUUUCUCUUGCCGAAAUGUGACAUGACGUCAUCCAGACCUCGGGCCCAGCCUAUCUGCCGGGAGGCGUGCAGAGAAUUUAAGAGCCACUGUCAACGGGAAUGGACUCACGCGCAAAGGAAACACAAGACUGUAUCUUGGAAAAUUCAGCAACUCGCUGCGGGUGUAGAAGGAAGUUAUUCGCUCAUGUGGUGCAAGAAUCUGCCCAGACGAAAAGGAGGAAAUAUUCCAGAAUGCUACUAUCCUGAAAUUUUGAAAGAAAAAUCAGAAGAUCCCCCUCCAAUAACAGAUAACUGUUUCCAUAGCGACGGUCAGUCAUACCGUGGAAAUGUAUCCGUGACGCAGUCAGGUUACACGUGCCAGUCCUGGACUUCCCAGUGUCCUCAUCGGCACCACAGAACACCAUAUAACUUCCCUGAACUGAACAAUGCAGGCAAUGCAUGCCGGAACCCUGGCGGUCAAGCCCCUCACGGUCCUUGGUGCUACACAACCAAUCGAAAACAAAGAUGGGAGUACUGCCGAGUGGAAAAGUGUGAGGCACGCAAAGAAAGCGAAGGUUUGUUUACGGAGAAUGUUGGUGGUUUAGGCAUAUACGACUUGGCAUGUCGAUGCCCGUCAACGAAACGAAUAGCUAGGGACGACAGUAAGCACAAACUUCUAGCCAAAACCUCUAUUAAGAACUCUUGUUAUAAACUGAAUCAGCCGAUUGAAAAUAGAUGGGAAAGUACCUUCCUAUUGUAUUCCAAGAAAACACGUGUUGAAAAGCGUGACCACACCGGUCACGCUACCGAACUAGUCAAAAGGGAAAGCAAGAUGGAAGGCCAGCGUCGCAAGACGAUCAUUUUGUUAGCGGUGAAAAUAUGGUUGGUAAUCCUUUCAGUGAUGAGCUGCAAAGGACAUCAAGGUACACCGAUUGACAACAGUGGUGAUGAAUACAUCCAAGAUGGCAUUAUAUUUACUUCACAGUACAAACAGAGCAACAACACAUGUGUUCCUGCCCACCCUCCUCCCUUUAUGGAUAAGUCAAAAUGCCAACCAUACUUCAAGACCGAAAACGGAUACUGCUCCAAAACACUGGGAAGACGGCUGGUGUUUGGCUCAAUCGCCAACCAAAAAGAAAAAGAACAAAGGCUCGUGGACUUUGCCAUGGCAAAGGCUGCACUGCGAGUGUUUCAGGAGUUCGAAAUUUCUAAAUCCUGUAUCAGAGCAGUGGAUCAUAUCUACUGCAACCACUACUUUCCGGAGUGUGACAACACCUCGGCAACACUCCUACCGCGGCCAGUAUGCAGGGAAGCCUGCGAAGUUUUGGUCCUGCGGUAUUGCAAAACAGAAUGGUCGAAGGCUCAAGAACUGAAUAAGAUGCUGUCAGCUUCACAGUUUCGGAGCCAAGUGAAGCAUUUUGAUCUGAUCAACUGCACCGAGCUACCAGGACAAGAAGGGGGUAACAUCCCCGAGUGCUAUUAUCCCAAGCAAUUCAUGGAAGCACCAUCAGGAGUUGAUGAAAGAAAGCGAAUCACCACUGAAGCUUGUUUCUAUGGCGACGGACAGUUGUAUCGCGGAAACGUGUCUGAAACACUGUCAGGUUACACGUGUCAAGCCUGGACUUCCCAGUGUCCUCACCGACACCACAGAACACCAGACAACUUCCCUGAACUGAAAAAUGCCGGUAAUGCAUGCCGGAACCCUGGUGGUCAGGCCCCUCACGGUCCUUGGUGCUACACUAAAGAUCGCAGGGUACGAUGGGAGUACUGUUCCAUUGAGGAGUGCAAUGACCUCGCUAAAUAUUGAAGGUGACCGUGUCCGAGGUGCAGAGAAAAAAUUAGGACUUGUAAAACUUUUUUCAGAUUUAAUAUUCUGCAGUUCUUAUUCAACAGUAUCAUUGACGCACUCUUGUAUGAAGUUAAGUCGUCGGUUGAUCUCGGCAAAUAAAUGUUGAAUGUUCUAACUGCAAA